GUGGAACGACUGUAUCACCAACAACCAAUAACAUUGUUACACCACCAUCUUAUCCACCACCAGUUUGUGGAGGAAAUAUGAUGCAUGUGACUACCAUAUACACUCCCGACAAUCAGUUUUUAUCAUCUUCAAGUCUGUCAUCAUAUUCUGGACCUGAACGAUCCCGCAUUGGUACCAAUCCAACGAGCGUCUACACAGGAGCCUGGGUGGCUAAGGUUAAUGACAAAGACCAAUGGAUUGAAGUGAGGUUUAAUGAACCUCAUGUAGUUACAAAUAUUCGAACUCAGGGACGAGAAGGAUUUAAUCAGUGGAUUAAGGCCUAUAAGAUUGAGUAUUCAACAGAUGGCACCCAAUUUAAAUAUUAUGAAGAACAGCCAGGAGUUCAGAAAAUUUUCAGUGCCAACUUUGAUGAUAAGAGUUUAGUAACACAACAACUUAUUCCCACAACAGCCAAAUAUAUCCGAUUACGACCUGUAUCAUGGAAUGGUGCCAUUGCUCUACGGUUUGGUGUCAUUGGGUGUGAAGCUCCUCAUGUAAGGCCUUGUAUCAAAGGCUGGUCUCACUAUGUAAAUACCCACACACCAACAUCAGCACUGUCCCAAAUGGAAGGUGGAGAACAUGAGAAAAUGACACCAGAAGAAUUAAAUAAAUUCUGUUUUGGUGGUAAAGUGACCAAGAUAGAAUGUACAACGAUUGAUAACGUAUCGUUUGAAAGUAAAGGAGAUAUACUUACAUGUACAUUAGAUGGAGGUUUAGAAUGUGAGAAUGCUGAUAAUUUCCCAGCACCAUGUUCUGAUUAUAGAGUUCGAUAUUUCUGUGAAUGUCAAGCUAUUCCUCCAACAGUAAGUUCAAGUGUAAUACCUACACCUGUUUCAUUGGUAACACCAUCAACACCAACAGUUAAUUGUAGCGAAGAGAUGGGUAUGCAGAAUCAUAUGAUAUUGGACAACAUGAUUACAGCUUCAUCUUUCUAUGAUAGUCUACAUGUACCAUAUGCAGCCCGACUAGGUUCUACCACAGGCUGGUUAGCAGCAGAUGAUAAUAGAAAACAAUUCUUGCAGGUUGAUUUUGGAGAACCCAAAAUAAUCAGCGCUAUAACAACGCAAGGUCGUCCACACAUUCCUAAUUAUGUGACUUCCUACAUGGUGACUUUCUCAAGUGAUGGCAGCAGAUGGACAACGUAUUCAGAUCAACCUGGUCACCAAAAGGUUUUCAGUGCCAACUUUGAUAGUGAGACGCCAGUAUCUAACACAUUUGUUCGUCCAAUUAGAGCUCAAUAUAUUCGUAUACUGCCUCAAACAUGGCAUGGUAAAAUUGCUCUCAGAAUGGAAAUACAUGGCUGUUUCGGGGCUUCUACUACACUUAAACCAAAUACGGGACCUAUAGUUAUCCCAGAAGUUACUCCUAGUCAAGUAACUAAUUUAACACCAGAUAAUUGUAUACUUUGGGAUAAGUGGGUGGACUCCCAUGCUGUUACCCCUGCAUCUUCCGGAGAUAGAGAACCAAUUGAAACACUGAAGUUGAGGAGCUUAUAUUGUCAACAUCCAAUUAAAAUUGAAUGCAGAACUGCCACCCCAGACCAUACUCCUUUCUAUCACACUGAUCAGAAUGUGGAAUGCAAUUUAUGGAAUGGGUUGGUUUGUAGCAAUUGGAAAGUAUCUGGUUCUAACAAACUAUGCUAUAAUUAUGAAGCCAGACUUGGAUGUCUUAAGAACUCUCCAGAAUGUGUGCCAACCAUUGUGACCAAAAUUCCAUUAUGUUAUGCUGGCAUGGAUUUUAGUAAUUGUCCAAGUCAAGGAUGUAAGAAAGGAUAUUAUUGUGAUGGUAGUCGAUGUGUUACUAAGAGUCGAUGUCCUUGUCUUAUCCAAGGAAAUAUCAUUCCUCCUGGUGAUCUUGCCCAGAAUUCAAAUUGUGAUACCUGUCAGUGUAUGAAUGGAGAAGUCAGAUGUCUUUCAAAGACAUGUCCUGAUUGUGGAACGGCUGGAUCUUCCAGAUUAAAUCUGUCUACUUGUCACUGUGACUGUAUACAUUGUCGUCCAGACGAGUUUCAGUGUUCAAAUGGAGAGUGUAUCACUGGUUCUUCUCGGUGUGAUGGUAUAGUUGAUUGUUACAAUGAUGAACUAGAUUGUGCAAAUUUUACCAGGCCUGUAAUAACAACUACACAAGUUGGACCUCGUUGCGUAACUGGAUGGUCCAAAUAUGUGAAUGACCACAAACCAACAUCUGAAAUGUUCCAAAGUGAAGGUGGAGAACAUGAGAAAAUGACACCAGAAGAAUUAAAGAAGUUCUGUUCUGGUGGUAAAGUAACCAAGAUAGAAUGUACAACUAUUAAUAAUGUAUCAUCUAUAAGUAACGCAGAACAACUGACAUGUAAAUUAGAUUCAGGUUUACAAUGUGAGAAUGCUGAUAAUUUCCCAGCACCAUGUUCUGAUUAUAGAGUUCGAUAUUUCUGUCAUUGUGAAGAUCAGCCAAUUACAACCCCUAAAGAACCUGUUACCAGCAUGGUUACAGAACCACCAACAACACAAGUUGGAGCCCAUUGUGAAACUGGAUGGUCCAAAUAUGUGAAUGACCACAAACCAACAUCUGAAAUGUUCCAAAGUGAAGGUGGAGAACAUGAGAAAAUGACACCAGAAGAAUUAAAGAAGUUCUGUUCUGGUGGUAAAGUGACCAAGAUAGAAUGUACAACUAUUAAUAAUGUAUCAUCUAUAAGUAACGCAGAACAACUGACAUGUAAAUUAGAUUCUGGUUUACAAUGUGAGAAUGCUGAUAAUUUCCCAGCACCAUGUUCUGAUUAUAGAGUUCGAUAUUUCUGUCAUUGUGAAGAUCAGCCAAUUACAACCACUAAGAAACAAGAAACUGUUACCAGCAUGUCGUUUACAGAACCACCAACAACACAAGGUAUCUAUAAGUCAUUAUACACAUCUAAAAUUUCAUUUGUUUCUUAA